AUGUCUCUAACCUCACUUCCAGCAUUUCCAUCUCUCAAAACACACCAUUCAAUUCAACCAACUUUACCUACUACUCCUCCUUCAAAGUUUGGUGCAAAUUUGGCCUAUAGUGAAGCUCCAGUUAUUGGUGCAACAACAGAAGCAGUUCCUUUAGCCAAUACUGCUGUGGAUGUGGAUGCAGCUACUGGAAUUGGAAAAGUUUGGCCUUUUGUAGAGAGUGAAAAUGGGGUUGUUAGAGGACUAAAUAUAGGAGUUGAUGACAUGAGGAGGAAGAGAAGGAGAAAAAGAAGAAAAACUUUGGAAUGUGCUGUGGUAGAAGAGAAUUUUCAAAACAGUUUCUUAAGGCAGAAAAUGGUUGUUGGAUCUGUUACAUCAGAGUUUUUGAGUUCAACAGAAGAGGCUGAGCUUUGUUUCUAUCUCAAGGAAAGAGCAAGAAUUGAAGUUUCUAAUCAAAGAAUGACAGAACAUGAAGGGAAUUUUGCUAUCUCGAGAAGGUUUGCUCUUGAGAAUGUAAGAGAAUCAAAAGCAAGAUUGGCGCGUGAUUAUCGUGGUUUUGUUGCAUCGAUCGCAGGUAGUUAUCAAAACAGAGGAUUAAGCAUGGAAGACCUAAUUCAGGAAGGAACCAUUGGGCUUUUUCGCGGAGCAGAGAAAUUCGACCCGGAUAGAGGAUGUAAGAUGUCUACAUAUGUUUAUUGGUGGAUUAAACAAGCUAUGCUUAGAGCUUUGGCUAAGAAGUCUAGAUUAAUCAGAUUACCGGUAUACAAGUAUGCAAUGAUUGCAAAAGUUGCAGAAGCUAACAAUGUCUUGAGCAGAAGACUGAGGCGGAAGCCGACAUACGAUGAAAUAGCCGAGGUUCUCAAUUUAAAUGCUUCAACUGUAAAACUUAUUUAUGAAACAAGCGGACAACCAAUUUCAUUAGACAGAGCUAUAACUGAUCGAAGCAACUUAAAUCUUACGGAGAUUAUAUCAGGGCCGGAUGAAAUGAUUCCGGAGAAAAUGGUUGAGAGAGUGCUAGUGAAACAAGGGGUGGUGAAGCUUCUUAGUACUCUAGACACGAGAGAACAAGAGAUUGUAAGAUUAUACUUUGGACUAAAUGGAGAGACUCCUCUAACUUUCGGGGAGAUAGGAAAGGUGUUGAAAUUAUCAAGGGAGAGAAUCAGACAGAUUUAUGGGAUUGCAUUGUUAAAAUUGCAAGAAAAUAGUCUUGUAGAUAGUCUAAAGUUUUAUGUUGUAUAG